CUGUAUAAAGCUGCUGCAGCUCCUGAGCGGCGGAUUCGGCUCCACUGACCUUCAGGAUCAUCAGAGCUCUCAGAUCUGCUGUCCUACAGGAUCAGCUCAGUGCAGAAGUGAAAGACAGGGACGGACGCCAGCAGCUGAUACACACACAUCAUCCCCUGAGCAUCUGCCAGUCUCGCGCCCUUCACCACCGCGGCCCCCAGCCAGCGCUCUCCUCUGAUUGGUCAGCAGGCCGGUCGGGAUGGAGCGUGUGCAGAACAUCACACGUUCGGCCAUCCGCAGGGCGUCCAACAUCGAGGUGAACCCGCAGACCAAGCGCAACCUGCAGGACCUCUUCAUCAACUUCUCCCUCAUCCUCAUCUGCCUGCUGCUCAUCUACAUCAUCGUCCUGCUGAUGUGAUGCCCCCCGGGGGCCAACGGGCAUGAACUGGACACUGGUUUAAGGGAGGGGCGGGGGGUUGGGGGGCGGAAACAUUCGGGUAUGUGGGCGGGAUUUAUUGGAGUCUAUAUGGAAUACACUACAUGUACAAAUAUUUUUGGACACUCUUUCAAAUGAAUGCUGAAUUCAGUUACUUUAAGUUGCACCAAUUGCUGACAUUGCUUGUCUUGUCCCUAUACUGCCCCUAUACUAUCGGUAUACUGCCCCUAUACUGCUUCUAUACUGUGCCUAUACUGCCCCUAUACUCUGCCUAGACUAUCCCAUAUACUGUCCUUAUACUGCUCCAAUACUGCCCCUAUAUUAUCACUAUGCUAUCACAUAUAUGUCCCUAUAGUGCUCCUAUAUUGCCCCAUAUCAUGUUCCUAUACUGUCCCAAUACUCUCCCUAUACUGCCCAAUACUGUCCCUAUAUUGUCCCCAUACUGCCUCUAUACUGUCCAUAUAUUGCCAAUAUACUGUGCCUAUACUGCCCUUAUACUGCACUUUUAAUGUCCCUAUACUAUCCCUAUACAGUCCCUAUACUGCUCCUUUACUGUCCCUGUACUGCCUCUAUACUGCCCUUAUACUUUCCUUAUACUGUCCCUUAUAAUGUCCCUAUAUUAUACCCACAAUGUCCCUAUACUGCUCCUAUACUAUCCCUAUAAUUUCAGUAUACUGCCCCAAUACUGUCCCUAUACUGCUUCUAAACUGUGCCUGUACUGCACUUUUAAUGUCCCUAUACUAUCCCUCUACAGUCCCUAUACUGCCCUUAUACUUUCCUUAUACUGUCCCUUAUAAUGUCCUUAUACUAUACCCACAAUGUCCCUAUACUGCUCCUUUACUGUCCCUAUACUGCCUCUAUACUGCCCUUAUAAUGUCCUUAUACUAUACCCACAAUGUCCCUAUACUGCUCCUUUACUGUCCCUAUACUGCCUCUAUACUGCCCUUAUACUGUCCCUUAUAAUGUCCCUAUACUAUACCCACAAUGUACCCAUAUUGCCCCUAUGCUGUCCCUUUACUACCCCUAUACUGUCCUUAUACUGCCAUUAUACUGUCUCCCUACUGCCCCUAUAUGAAUAGUAUUUCCUGGAACAGCAGAUAAAAAAAUUAACAUAUGACUAUAGAGGGGUAUUAUGAUAUUGCAAUCAAUCAACAGUAGAGACAGUUACUCCAAAAGCAAAAGCAUACACUCUUUUUAAUACCCUUAAUUACAAAAGGAACUAAAGAAACAAAUGAGUAGGUGACACAAUACUUUUGUACUUUUGUCUACAUUGCACACAUGUUGUCAUUGUUUGAACAUGACCUCCCUUCUCCCUUUUUUGUAUUGUUUUUGUUUUGUUUUAAAGACAGUAAAGAUGUUCUUCACUUGUGUUUUGAA